AUGCAAAAGGCAAUGAAAAGCGCAGAAUAUAUAAAAGCUAACAAUGACUGGUUAGAUGCCCAAGCCAACGCUAAAGCAGCCCAGCUUAUAGGGUCAAUAAGGACAAAAAUACAAGCGGAUGAAGACAGUUCAAAUGAAGCUUUAACAAAUGCUGACUUUAAGAACGCCUUCGAAGCUCUUCAUAGUAAGGUGAAACUAGUGAACGACUUCUCAUCUGGAAAGAAACUGAAGUCUGAAGGUUUCGACAAAGAGUUAAGAGAAGUAGCACAAAAUAUGACGAAAAUAACAGAUGCAGCAACGAGACAGGCAGUUCAAAGUGCCUAUGACGCCGUUAGAGCAACUGUUGUGGAAAGUCAAGAAAAAGAGUUACAACAGACCAAAACAGACCUAGUAAAUGCUUUCUUAAAAACGAAAAGUCAGGUAGGACAUUAUGCUGCAGAUGGAACAUAUGUGCCAGCUGGUGGAACUUAUAUACUAGCUAGUGGAACUUAUAUACCACCAAACCCUCCAAGAGAAGCACCUGCACCAGGACUACCUAGAACAUUUACAUCGUCACAUGGACACAGACACAGGCAUGCACCAAAACCAACACAACAACCAACAGUUCAAAACCCUGCACCACAACAACAACCACAACCAACAGUUCAAAACACUGCACCAAAACCAACACAACAACCAACAGUUCAAAACCCUGCACCACAACAACAACCACAACCAACAGUUCAAAACACUGCACCAAAACCAACACAACAACCAACAGUUCAAAACCCUGCACCACAACAACAACCACAACCAACAGUUCAAAACACUGCACCACAACCAACAGUUCAAAACACUGCACCACAACCAACAGUUCAAAACACUGCACAGCAACAACCACAAACAGAGCAAGGACAUAAAAGAAGUAGAGAACAAGGAAACCAAGAUUUCUUAAAAAUGCUUAAAGAAGACUAUGGUUACCCAGAUACUCUUGACUUUAGUGACAGAUAUAAAGAAGCUAUUAGAAAGUUCAAGGAAGGAAAUACUGACCCGAACCUAUUUAGCUUUAUGGCUCAGCACCAAACGGGAUAUAAUUUCAAACCUGGAAAAUACAAGCUCGCUAAGGGAUAUGAUUUAAUAGCAUAUCAUCCAAAUGACAUGACUGAACUUACUCCGAGAUAUUUGGUGUCAGAGAUAAAUGAUAAUUCAACUAUCUUCAUGAAACGCGUAAAAAAUAAAGACGGAACGAAAGAAGAAAGGGUUAUGAAUGCGGAUGACUUAAAUAGGGAACUUGUUAAAAACGGUCUCGGAAUAUAUGAAAUGCCAGCAGAUGAGGUACAAGAAACUCCACAGGAAGAAGUUCAGAUACAACCAGACAUGGAAGAAAUAGUUCAGCAACAACAGCUAGAAGAGCCUGAAGGAAACGAACAA